CGGAGAGGGCGGCCAUGCUGGUGGUGGAGGUGUCGGGCGGGCGCGCGCUGGUGUGGGGCGCGGAGGCGGCGCGGGAGCUGCGGGAGCGUCUGGGGCUGUGCGGGCGGGCGGCGGGGGCCCCGGCCCGGGAGCCGCGGCAGAACGCCCGCCGAGGGCUGCCGCUGCUGCUGCUGCCCGAGGAGGCCCGCCUGCUGGCCGACCUCGGCGCCGCCGCCCUCGUCUCCGCCGCCCGCCCCCGCCCCGGGCCCGCUCCCCCCGGCCAGGCCGUGGCGGCCUACCUGCAGGCGCAAGAGGAGAGUUUCCGGGAGCAGCAGGCGCUGGCCCUGGCGGAGCGGAGGUCCCGGCUGCAGGGCUUGGCCCAGAAGAUCGCCCAAGGCCGGGCCCGGAAGAGACAGAGACGGCAGGAGUCCGUGGACCGAUCGGAACCGGCGGCCGAGAUGAUGGAGGCCGAGGAGGAGGAAGAGGAAGGUGAGGCUGAGGCCGGGCGGCCGGAGGGCGAGCCCUCCGCGGACCACCCGCCGACCCCGCCGCUGCCCCGGACGGCCAUGCUGCUGCAGCUGCCCACGGCCCGGCCCCGGCCCCGGCUCGCCCCGCUGCUGGACUGGCGCGUCCCCUCCCCGGACUGGCCCCACGCCGGCCGUCCCUCCCACGAGCUCCGAUACCGCGUCUAUCGUGACCUGUGGCAGCGGGGCUACUUCCUCACGGCCGGGGGCAAGUUCGGCGGGGACUUCCUGGUCUACCCCGGCGACCCCCUGCGCUUCCACGCUCACUUCGUCGCCCUGUGCUGGCAGCCCGAGGAGCCCCUUCCGCUCCGGGACCUGGUCUCCGCCGGACGAUUGGGCACCAACGUCCGCAAGACGGUGCUCCUGUGCUCGGCCCGCCCCGACGGCUCCGUCUGCUACACCUCGCUGGAGUGGGCCGGGCUGGCCUGAGCCCGCCUGGCCGUCGGGAACGAUGACUCCGGGGCUUUUCUCUCUCUUCCCGGGCCGGGGAAUAAAGGGGCAGGGGGAGGUUUGCCACAGGACCGGACAUUAGGGGCUCUUUCCUCCCCCGCCCCGCUCUAUUCCGGACUCUGUCGACAGUCCCUUUUGGACCCUGCCUGCGGUCCGUGUUGGAGAGGCAGAGAGAGCUCAGGAAAGAAGCAGCGAGGCCCAGUGGAAAGAGCAAGGGCCUGGGAGUCGGAAGA